AACAGAUGUCAGAAAUAUGCACUUAAAGAAAUAAGACUUCCAGAGAGAGUUCCUUGGGCAGAAAGCUAUGAGGAGUGGAAGGUAGCCAGUGGUAAUUUUCUGCCCUGGGAUCUCUUCACUGUGGAGCUUCUGCCACUUUGGACCAGCUGGAUCCAGGAGCCUCAGCUACACCUGACUGGAUUUGACACAGGUACUUGAAAAGAACCCAAAGUUGCCCAGGGUAAAAAGCCUAGCAAAUCUACUACCUGCUACCCUGGUCAGCCCAUGGUGGCAGGACAUUGAAAGCAGCAAAGGAUCUAUUGCUUCAGCCUUUUCCACAGCUACCUGCCACACAUCACACCCCAAAUUUGCCCUCUGAGCUAACUAUCUGAUUUCACAUUUAGUUGAGACCAACUUCUGUGUAGUGCAACUCACCUCCUUUGGACUGUUGGUUAAGUUGUGAGUAAUUUUGGUUGGAUUGGAUUUCCUUCAAUCAAAAUCCAAGGAAAUAUUUUCAGAUGUGCUUAAUUUCAAAAUCUUAUAUUAAAAAUCAACAUGUAGCUUAAUUUUUAGAGGAAACCUGAAGGGCUUCUGAACUAGAUUAAAUAUUAAACUUAUUUGCUCUUUUAAAUAGUGAUAUUGUACACUGUAAAUUUAAAAUUUGAAACCUUUAAAUUAUUCUUAAAAUACUUCCAUUGCACAAUUUCUAUGGAGCAGGAGUUAAAAAUAUUUUUGGUUGCUCCUAGAGAAAUGAAACUAAUAAAUACCUUUUAGAUGUCUUGCAUUGCACUUUCAAAAUUGCAAAAACCUUGUAUGCUUGCUAACUAGCCAUGUAUUUUCAGUCUGUCUUUGAUACAGAGAAGUCUUGGAAUGAAUGUAUUCUUUUGGCUAAAAUGAAACAUCCAAAUAUUGUUACCUAUGCAGAAUCAUUUAAAGCAGAUGGACAUCUAUAUAUAGUGAUGGAAUACUGUGAUGAUGGAGAUCUGAUGCAAAAGAUUAAACUUCAGAAAGGAAAAUUUUUUCCUGAAGAUACGAUAUGCCUGGGUAUGAAGUACAUUCAUGAUCAACGUGUAUUGCACAGAGACAUCAAAUCCAAGAAUGUAUUUCUCACACAAAAUGGGAAAGUAAAACUGGGAGACUUUGGAUCUGCAAUUCUUCUUACCAGCCCAAUGGCAUAUGCUUGUUCCUAUGUGGGAACUCCAUAUUAUGUGCCUCCAGAAAUAUGGGAGAACACGCCCUACAAUAAUAAAAGUGACAUAUGGUCUCUAGGAUGCAUUUUAUAUGAGCUGUGCACUCUUAAACAUCCAUUUCAAGCCAAUAGCUGGAAACAUCUUAUACUUAUGUAUAUAUGUAAAGGAUACUACAGUCCACUUCCAUCACAUUAUACUUACGAACUUCACUAUUUGAUAAAGCAAAUGUUUAAGAAGAAUCCCAAGAACCGUCCAUCAGCUAGCACAAUUCUUGCAAGAAACUGCCUGACAAAGCACAUCAGACAUUUUUCUUCAGUGGAGGAGGAAAGAAGAUAUUCGAGAAACAAGAAUAGCCAUUCAGAAGCAGAAGCUGGCACCAAGAGUUUUUGUGAAAUGGGAUUGGAGAAGAAAGGUGUGGAUAAAACAGUCUCUUCAGAGGCUGUUUUACAAAACCCUCACAGACAACAGUGGGAAAAGGGAAGAUCCAGUACUGUGAUCAACAUCCUGGAAAAUGCAUCCUUACUUUCUUCCAGUAUUACAUCCAAGGAGGAUACAGGUGGGCAUGUGAGAAAAUAUGAUGAAAAUAUAAUGCGUAAGCAGUGGACCAAAGAACCACCUGAAACCUUGAUGAACAUUCUUCAUAAUGCUGCCUCAGAUGACUUACUAAGAGGACCCCUUAAUGAAGAAACCAAAACAUCUGAUGAACCAGAUGGUGAAACUGCUAUGGAGGAUAGUGAGAUACUUGAACAUAGAUCAGAUGAAGAAGACACGGAUUUUGAAGCUGAAGAUGAUUGUGACUGGAUUUCUGCACUGGAAACGAUGACAAACAUGAAGUCAUUGACUAAAUGAAUAAUGGAAUUUUAGAAAUUCUGCUAUAAGAUAAUUUAGUGUCAAUGUAAACACAUUUGUGAACAAUAUAAGGAUACUAAUACCUGUAUAGUGAUUGCAGAUCAAAUUGUUUGAAAAACAAAAAAUGUACACUGACUGAACUGAUUUUUGGCAAGAAGCGCAAUGCUUUAGGAACAAAUUUGAACAUACUUUUUUUAAAAAGAUUUUUAUUAGGAUUUUUAAACUACUACUAAAAAAUACAUCGGACAUACUAGGUCAG